CUUUUGCGUUGCUAGAAGAAGCGCCUAAGGGAGUAUCUUACCACACGCCCGGAUAUCAUAAUGAUUUAUUAUAAAGAGCAAGAAUGGCUGAAAUUUGCAAAAGGCAAUUACACCUUCGCCUUCAAAAAAGUUCAUCCACCAAAGAACACUGUGCAUUUGGAAUACUUGUUGGAGGAAUGAUGUCGGAACUUACAAAGCUGGAACUUGACAAUGGAAAAUACAAUUAUUCAAUUCUGAAGACAAUUGAAAUUCCAGGACGAAAAGAAGCCUAUGAAUCAAUUGAAAAAAUAUUUGAAAGUUUCAAAUUAUUGAACAAUCACUGCCUUCUGAAGAAGAAAAGCCAUCAACACUUUCGUUUGAUCAAUACCCAGAAGUACUCAAACCAACCAUUCGUUUCUUAAAUUGUUGAUGUGGUAUUUUAAAAUUGAAAAGAAAGUAAAAAAUCCUGCCAAAAUAAAAGUACUUUGAAACUGUUUCUAAGAUGUUUACAUAUUCGUG